GGGCUGCACCGAACCUGUAACCAUGGUAACUGCGGUUUGCGUCGAGCCGCCAGUACAACAGACUGCCUCUUUGUUUUCAGCGUGAGUUAGUGAGCAAAUAUAGUAUAAAGUUCGCUUGUGUCAUUUUCACAACUUCUUAAAGAGUUAUUUGACUUUUCAUAGUCCAGCUAUUGGCCGGUACCCAGCGUCUCCUGUCGGUUCUGACGGCCAUCUGCCGGCUGGGGGAAGCUGUCACGGAUGUCUGACAAGAAGAAAAACGACCAUUUAAAAACUCAAGGGGGAGGACCUAUGAAGGUGUCCUACAUUUUCCCGAAUGGGGACAGAUAUGAGGGGGAGUGCAGCCGGUCUGCAUCAGGGGUGAUGAUGAGGAGCGGUGCUGGUAAACACACCUCGGCAGGUGGUGCCACAUACACAGGAGAGUGGCACGAAGACAGAAUGAAUGGCAGAGGGGCCCUGCAGCAUCCCUCUGGGGCACUAUAUGAAGGAGAAUUCAAAGACAAUAUGUACCACGGCACAGGAACAUACACCUUCCCAGAUGGCUCUAGUUACAAAGGUCAAUUUAACAAGAACAGGUUGGAGGGAGAAGGGGCAUUCACUGACACACAGGGCCUGGUUUGGACGGGGGAGUUCCACGGCAAAGCGGCGCUGGGCCUGAAAGUGCAGCACAACAUUUAGGCAAAAGUUUUGUACUGCACUGUAUCAAACGCUGUAUAAUAUAUUCUACAUUCACAUUAAACUGCAUUAGAAAAGACGAAUCGUCUGAAAACUGACAUGCUUCCAGUUUAUUU